GCGAGUGUGCAAGGCUCACCAAUUGAGAGGCAGAGGCAGCGCUAGUCGGGUUUAGGUAUUCUAGCCUCUCUGAAUGUAAUUUCGGAUUUAGAUUCAGCUUAAAUCCAAAGGGAAAACACUUUAUAAGGCUGAAAGCUGUGUAGUUGCAACAGCCAGGGUUAUGAGCUAUCAAAGGCAAUUACAUUAAAAUAGAUUAUACUGUGCAAAUUGAGCCAUUUAGAAGGUGAGAACCAAAGAAAUAGCUCUGAUCCCCCUUCUUUCUAAAUUGCAGUUUUAGUUCCUUGCAAUUCUGAGGCACAAAAGUAGGUGAGACUGCUUUUGUAUCUGCAAAGUGCUUUAUUUCUGAGUGUAAUUCUAACUGAGUGCAAUCUAGGUUAAAAGCUGGACAACUGGGUAAUUAGAGCUCACUUGCUGCUAAAGGACGAUCAGCUGUACCGUAGCUCAUUUGUGUUCCCAGAGACUUGCUCUCCUCUCCCCUGAGCGGAGGCUGCUGGAGAAGAAGCAUCUGUGCCCGGACUUUUCUUGAUUGCGGAGAUGAUGGUGCUGGACAAGGAGGACGGCGUGCCGAUGCUCUCCGUACAGCCCAAGGGGAAGCAGAAGGGCUGCGCCGGCUGCAACCGAAAGAUCAAGGACCGGUACCUGCUGAAGGCCCUGGAUAAGUAUUGGCAUGAAGACUGCCUAAAGUGUGCCUGCUGCGACUGUCGUCUUGGAGAGGUUGGAUCAACUCUUUACACAAAAGCAAAUCUCAUUCUCUGCCGCAGAGAUUACCUGAGGCUCUUUGGUACCACCGGGAAUUGUGCUGCCUGCAGUAAACUGAUCCCUGCCUUUGAGAUGGUGAUGAGGGCCAGAGAUAAUGUUUACCAUUUGGACUGCUUUGCCUGUCAGCUCUGCAACCAGCGAUUCUGCGUGGGGGACAAAUUUUUCCUGAAGAACAACAUGAUCUUGUGUCAGAUGGACUAUGAGGAAGGGCAGCUGAACGGGAGCUUCGAGUCCCAGGUUCAAUAACAGCCCCUGCUUCGCUGGAGCACUGUGGGAUGGGCGCUUGGCCGCACGAGCAGCGAGGGCGCCUGUCAGCUUGCCUGCAAUAUUUUUUUAAUUCUUGGUCCAGAGAGGACUAUAUACAUUGUAGUACUUUUCCCCCCCAACACAAAGCAGUUACAAUUUUAGAUGUACAGUUGUGCCUGCUUAGCUGAGCACUGCAUUGCCUGUAUGUUUGUGAGUUUUUGGGGUCUGGGGGAGGGCUCUGUACAGUCUGUUUUCUGUAUAUAAACUGGAACAUUUAUUUUAUGAAAAAUGUAAUGCAAUUUUAUUACUGGUGUGAAUUAAAAAUUAUGAAUGUU